UUUAUUUAUUUACAUUUUUAUAAACACUUAGGUUAUUUGAACUGAUUAGAUUUACUAAACGAUUUGUUAAGCUUCAAAAUUUAUUUAUAAUGUUAAAACUAAACAAGUUGUUAAUAGACAAUUUUCGACCACAACAUGUAAUUUUUUGCGGAUUAAAAUAUUUCGAGCCUCCAGUCAAUUAUGAUCAUGUGGAAUUUAUAGAGAGACCGAAAUUAAAAAUGAUGGAAAAGGUUCCACAAUAUCCACCCAACUUAAGGCCCCCAAAAAUGCAAAAGAAAUUAAAACUAAUGCGAGGGCCCGAGUUGGUUCAUAAUACACUCUUACACGAGCAAUAUGGUAUAAUAGCAACUUGUGGUGGUCGCUUGAAAUGGGGACAUUUCGAAAUGAUGCGUUUGACAAUUGGCCGAAAAAUGGAUGUUAAUCGCAUGUUUGCAAUAUGGAGAGUAACAGCACCUUGGCAACCGGUAACGAAAAAAGGACAAGGACAGAGAAUGGGUGGUGGCAAAGGUGCAAUUGAUCAUUAUGUAACUCCCGUGAAAAGUGGUCGUGUUAUUGUAGAAAUGGGUGGGAAAUGUGAAUUCUCAGAAGUUGAACCAAUAUUAAGGAUUGUAGCCCAUAAUUUACCUUUCAAAGCGAAGGUAGUUUCAAAACAAAUGUUGGAAGAAAUGAAAGAAGAAGAAGAAAGAAAAGAAAAGGAAAAUCUAAACCCAUAUACUCUAAAAUACGUUAUUCAAAAUAAUCUUAGUGGAUGUCACAGAUGGCUUUCUCCCGUGGAUCACAAAUGGUUCGGAAAACAUUUAUAAUGUUAUUGUAAAAAAAUAUUUGUAUGUACAUAUAAAAAUUUAAUUUAACAACUCAAACCUGAUUUAUUACAUUUUUAUAAUUAAGAUAAAUCGAAACCGUAAGCUAUACGUUUUUUAUCAACUAGAACAUACACGUGGUAUGUAUGAU